UGCCAUUCCCGAAAUACUGAAGAACAUGUUACUGGUAAUGGAGACAACUCAGGUCUUCCACACGGCUGAUGGCUUCACGCGCCUCUGGACCAUCACAUGGGACCGCAUUGACGCCUUCUUGCCUGAUUUUCGCCACCACAUCUUCAGGAGCCACCCCCCAUCUGAAAUCCAUAAGAUAGAAGUGGUCCCAGCAGAUGUCCCAGCCAAAGCGCCGCCAGCAGAAGCCACAGUGCCAAGUCCAGCAGUAAACGUUACAAACACAGCUGCUCCAACCGAAAUAGCCGGUGGGAACCCCAGUAACACUUACCCUGUGAACGUCAGCCCUGGUAUCCCAGAUCAACCUGCACAGAACACCACCAGUAGCUUGUCAUCCAGUCCUGCUACCAAAGAAGCUUAUGUUCCCCCAACUCUUCAGGAACAGGGAGCUGCAAGACUGUCCCUGAGUCAAGAAAGCUUACCCACCAGCUAUGGCACAGGGGUCAUACUGCAGCCGCCGUUGCCCACUCUCCUCCCUGUAUCCCCUCAGGGCUCACCCCCCGCAACUGAUCCUCAGUCUGCCGCCUCCCCUUUGUCUCCUCAGGUGCUGUCCACAACACCCUUGGCUAGUGGGAGUUUAGCCUCCAGCCCCAUCCCUCCAACUCUCCCUCAUCUGACACCCUCUCCUCUCCCACAUACAGUCUCUCUCCCUGAGCUAAAUGCGCAGAAUACAUUAAUGUUCACACCCAUGGCCAUUCAGAAAUCAGAGCCCCAAGCAGAGACUCCCUUCGCUUCUCCCAUGCUUCAGCAGCCCUCAGUGCCAUUGUUGAAUGUUAGCUGUAGUAGCAGUCCUGCUGAAAAUGCUGUAACUACUUCUCUCACGUCUCCUAUGCCAUCCUAUGACAUGCAAGGGCCGAGUCCCAUAACAAGCUUUAGCUCUGUUGAAAGUCCAUCGUAUCAGUGCAGUGAAAGACAAGGACUUUACCCAAGUGAUCAGGACUCAAGUAAUACACUGCAUAUGACAUCUGAUGUUCAGUUUUAUACUCCUUGUGGUAAUGCAGACCCAAGCCAAAGAGGGAGGACUGAGGAUAGUCAAUCCCCCGGAGAAUCAGGUGGAAGUAUACCUCUCUUUGAUCUGCCGGCUGCACCUAACAGUCAGACAAGCCCGUCUCCAGACACACAGACACCAAGACAACCCGAUGUUGACGGCACCCCUAAACCCCUUCCUGACAGCACCCCCAGCACCCAGGGCUCGCCACCCGAGACUUUGCCCCCCCAGACGGUGGGCUCCGUCUUCCCCCUCUCCAUCCCCUCCUUCCUCAAUCCCUUUUCCACGGAGGUUGAUGCCCGGCAGGAGGUCAGUUCCGCCACAAACAAUGCCCCUGUUGAGCCCACGAGUGCCCAUACCCCUGAACCCCGGGCACUAAAGGACUCGUUUCCCGCGUACCGUCCAGCAUCCAUACUCUUCAGCCAGUCAGCCGACGACAAGCUCUUCGUAGUGGACCCCAUGGCAUCUCCUGACCUCCCACAGGCGACAACAGCAAACGCGCCAGAUGGAAGCCUGGCAGAGAAGUCGGCAGCUGAAGUGAGCGAGGAGCAGAAAAAGCCCCCAGUGCCACUGCUCUUGACGAACUCGGCACUGCACCAGUCUCCUCUUACACUCUUGCCUCCUGGCGGUCCCAAGAAUCAGGAGGCUCUUUAGUGCAUUUCUGGUGCAGCAUUCCUAACAACCAUGGAAUUUUGAAUUUUCAAGAUGUAAUAGUUAUGGGUUUUCUUUUCGUAGCUGAAGGUGUACAGUUCUGGCGCGGACUGUGGCUCCUUUGCCAUUUACUACACAGAACUUCUUCAAGAAGUGAAUUCUUACAUGAGUUUAAUCAUGUGUACAGUUUGGUAGCUGUAUUAUUUGAACACAGAAACAGUGAAUGCAUACACACAAAAACAAAUACAUAAGCAAAGAAAUAUAUACAAAUUUACAGGCCAUAUGGAUACAAACAACCUUAACCAUACCCAAACAAACAAGUAUACACUUAUUAAUAAACAGGUACACUUGCUUACGGUAGGGACACACAGAUAGAUAUAUAAGCUAAUACUCACAUUUACAGACACUUACACAAUAUUUCUGCUCAUAUUUUAUUUUCAUUGUAAUAUGUUCCAUGAAAAUUAGAUGGUUUAAUUUCUUGGAAGGUUAAUAAGUAUAUAACUCUGGAAUGAAAGAUAAAUUUUUUUAGCCGAAAUGAAAUAAUCAAUAUGUAUUUAUUUAAUAUGUGUAGUUUCUAAGGGUUUUUAUCUCUUCUUCUUUCCUUUCUCUGAUUGAGACUUUGACAAGGUAUUUGAAUGUUUAAUGUAAAAUAUUUAUAAACAUUGUUAUUAAGGGGAUGGACAAUAUUACUGGCAUCACCAAUAUUUUUUAGGUGCAAUAGAGUUCUCAACAUUCUGUUUGUAGCCAUGUUAGCCCAUGAAAUAUAUAGAAGUUUAUAAUGGAUAGCGAUUUACAGUAUAUAGAUCUGUGAAGACCAUAGACGCCUGUGUAAAUAUGAUUUAUAGAGUUAAAGAUAACAUGAAUUUGGUUUCCUCAGUAAUAGGUAACAUUAUUUAUCACAGAGGAUUCCACUCCUUAUGUUGUGUACUGUAAAUAGGUACAUUUCUGUUCAUGAUAAUACAGUGUUGAUGAGAAUGUUAGCAGACAGAACAGCUGUGGAGAACUUUCAUACACUUACACUGGUAUGUUAACUUUGGAACUUUGUAAUGAUUACAGUAUUAGAUGACUAAAAUGCUGUGUGGUGUGUAU